AUGAAGGCCGCGCUCACCACCCUCCUCCUCACGUCCCUCGGCUUCGGCGCCGCCGCCACGGCCCCCGGCCCGGUGCAGGCCCCGGCGCUCGCCGGCGUCGCGGGCCCCAUCUCCCCCACGGACCGCAUCUACACCGGCGACCAGUCCUCCAACACCAUCACCGUGAUCCAGCCCUCCACCGGCACCGUGCUCGGCACCAUCAGCCUCGGCGACUCCCGCCUCGGCGCGCUCCUCAACCCGCAGUACCUGCGCGCCGUCAACGCGCACGGCCUCGGCCUCGCCCGCGACGGCCGCCACAUCGUCUCCCUCAGCGUCGCCUCCAACACCGCCACCGUCAUCCGCUGCGCCGACAACGCCAUCAUCUCCCGCACCCACACCGACCGCAACCCGCACGAGGCCAUGUUCGCCCCGGACAACCGCACCGUCUGGGUCGCCACGCGCGGCGCCGACAGCAUCUCCCUCAUCGACGGCCUGCAGGGAGGGGUGGUGGCGAGGGUGCCGUCGCCGGGCGGGCCGAGCAAGGUGCUGUUUUCCCCGGACGGGGCGACCGCGUACGCGAACCACAUCAACGGGUCGUACGUGUCGGUCAUUGACGUGGCCGCCCGGCGGGAGACGGCGACCAUCACGGGACUGGCGGACAAGUUCUCCUCGGACAUGAUGCUGUCGCCGGACGGCGCGCGGCUGUGGGUGGCGCACAAGAUGGUCGGCAAGGUCUCCGUGGUGUCCGCGGCGACGCGGCGCGUGGUGGCGGUGCUGGACACGGGCGCGGAGACGAACCACCCGCAGUUCGCCGUGGUGGGCGGGGUGACGCACGGGUUCGUGACGGUGGCGGCGGCCAACGCGACGCUCGUGUACGCGCAGCCGGACCCGGAGGCAGCACCGGUGUACGUGGGCGCGAUCAGGUCGUCGGGCGUGGAGCCGCACGGGCUGUGGCCGAGCCCGGACAACACGCGGCUGUACGUGCUCAACGAGCACAGCGACACGGUGGACGAGGUGGACCUGACGGCGCGGCCGGCGCCGAGGGUGGUGCGCACGCUGAACGUCGGGCAGGAGGGCCAGGCGCUGGUGUACGUGGCCGGCGCGGUGCCGGAGGGCAGCAACGGCACGGCGAACCUGGGACGGCAGGGGCUUGUGGACCGGCGGCCGGCGAAUAAGGUGAUUACGCUGUCGGAGCCGCGGAGGACUAGCAUGGAUCAGCACGGAGGCCGGGUACAACAACAGCAGCAGCAGCAGCAGCAGCAGCAGCAGCAGCAGCAGCAGCAGCAGCACGGAUCGGCGGGGGCGGUGGUGCCGUCGGCGUUGGUCACGGUGCGGAGGCAGACGGGGCUGGACAUGGUGCAGGUCAUCGGGCGCAACUUGAGGCUCAACACGACGUAUACGGUGUCGGCGGGUGGUCGGCGGUUUGGCGGCCACAGCAUCCCGCUGGUCGACUUUCAGGCCACCGUGCCGACGGCAGGCACGGGCUGCGGCACGGCGCCGCAGGUGCUGGCAUUUGUCAAGUUCUUUGGUGUAUACGAUGUCGACUCGCUGACGUUGACGGAGUCGGCCUCGGGAUUUCCGUAG